GUGUUAAAUUGUAUUAUGAUUGUGAAGUUUGUUUUUUGUUGAAUCGUCGUAUUUUGUUUUUUUUUCUCUGUCUGUUCGUUACAACAAUAUAAAAUCAAAUUGAUAAACUUAUCACAAAUGAGUCGAAAAAAAUCCAGCAAAUGACCUAACGACGACCGAAUAAUUUGAUGAAACACACAGAGAAAGUGAGUAAGAAAAAAACUAACACACAAACAUCACACAGUUUUUUGGUGACCUGACCAAACAACAUAAUGGAUGAUAGCAUUAUAAAUAUCGAUGAUGAAUGUGAACUAUUUUCGCUGUCAUCAGACACAGACAUCCAAAAUAUUGUUGAUCAAUGGAAACGUAAUCAUGAAACCACCGAAUUUAAAGAUUUAAAACAUGUGGACACACGAACAUUUACUCGGCCUAAGAAGAAACUUUUCCCAUGCACCGAUGUAAACAGUACAUUUUCAAAUAAAUCUUCCAGCGAUGAGUUGUCGAGUGAUCAAGUGGCAACAGCAUCGUCAUCAGGCAUGCCAGUACCAAAGAUCGAUCUAAAAAUCGGUGGUUUGGUUACGAGUAGCAUGCAACGAAGUCUAUUGGGCGAUGUUUCCCCGCCAUUGCACAUGGAUAAUUCAAUGGGAAAUAGUUUGAUAACCAGCAAUGACUUUUCAAAUAUCGAUUUCAUGAAUGAGACCGGUGAUAGUUUGGCCAUUGCAAAUUUCAAACAAUAUCGCCUCUCCGAUGCAAUUGCCGACCGUAAUUUCUUAGAGCGUUUGACUAAUUAUGAUGAAAGUCUGUUUACAAAAGAUGCCGACAUCAAUAAUGUGGAUUUAAUCGAAAAUGGAAAUUGCACUGGUUCCAGUACUAGCACAUUACAAAAUUCAACCGACAGCACAAGCAAUUUGGUCACGAAAAAUGAUGGAACAUUCUCAGCGCCCACAACAAAUGCAAAUGGAACGUUCGAUGCAAGUUGUGAAGUGGAUAAAACAUUUAUUCGAGCACCAUCGGCCAAUGUAUCGAUAAAAAAUAGCACAUUCGAAUUGGCCAUCAAACCCAAUAAUCAAACAUUUGAAACGCAAUCGAAUAAACUAAGCAUUACAAUACCAGUGGUUUCCGAUUUGGAUGAUGAAGAACUAGCUCUAUGCGAUUCACUCAAUGCGACAAAGAUUUUGAAUCCCGAUAUGAAUUCAACAUUUCAACUAGAUGAAUACCAAUCAACACCCGCCGCUGGAAAGAUAAGAAAAAACCGUCAAUCUGAUUCACUAACAAUGCUAUCACCGAUUUUGUCUGAAAAGAAAAAGAAUCUCACACCAAAUGUUGACAAAUUUGAUAAAUUUGUUGAUAUCGAAAUCGAAGAUGUUCCAGUGUAUCUGAGAGAAUCAGUGACAAAAAAUGCAGCCCGUGCAUCAAAUCCAACCGGAAUAAAUACGGAAUUGAUUGAAAAAGAACGUGAAUCUUUGGCGAAAUUCGAAGAAUUUGAAAAUACAAUGCUCAUUUUGGAGAAUAAUAAAACCGAAGAAGAGUUUGAUGAUUUACUGAAUAGCUUUGGUUCAAAUAUUCGAAAUCCGCUCAGCCAAAAGGUGCGCCAAUCAUUGGAUAAUAUCAAAAAGCGUCAUUCAUUGAUUGGCAUGGAGAAGCAACAUCAUGACGAAUUGAAUCGAGAAAAGACUUUAAACACAUCAAAAAAUGGAAAAUACUCAGAGUUUGGUUCAAGUGAAAAGAAUCGAUUGAAUGACACAACUAUCCGUUCGCCCAUGAUUACGUCAACAUCAUCAUCGAGUGGCAGUGGAGAACGUUUGCUUCGUCGAAGUCGAUUAUUUGAUGAUGUUAUAAAUACGUCAACCGAUAAGAUAACGGACAAUGGUGCUAUGGAACACAGUAGCUCUUCCAUUGGAUACAAUGAUAAUAAACAAGCGAAUGAACUGAAUUCCACACAAACAUUAAACAAAAAAAAUCAACAACACCUUGAAAAGGACUAUUCUCCAAAGACUGAUACAACUGCGACAAACCCCAUUUACAACACCGAUGACAGCAGUGCCGAAAACAAAGCGAACAACAGAGAUCGUUUUAAGACCAUUCGUAUUUUCAAACGACCACCGGAAAACGCAAUUCAAAUACCAGAUCCAGGUGAGGCAUAUGAAGAAAUGCAAUCACCCGUACGCACUGUUCGAUCAAUGGAUGUGUUUGCAACCAAAAACACAAAUUCCCCGAAACAAAGACAGACUGAAGAAGCAAUUUCAGCAACUGCCAAGGCAAUUAAUACCAUGACAUUUAAAAAAUCUGGAUUGGCACGGCCGCGUCAAUUGAGUGGUCUGGUAAAACGUGAUUUUUACAGCAGCAGCAAAUCAAGUUCACACGAACUUUUAUUAAGCGAUGAACAUCUUGCGAAAACGCAUUCCAAACCAGUUCAACAAAUCAAAAGUCCGAUGGGUAUCAAAUCGAAAUCAAUACACAAUCUUUCAACGGCCAAAUACACAUCAAAACUGACCACAAAUCGAUCAGAUGCUGCAGACAUCGAACAAUCGUCAUCGACGAGAAAUUCAAAUUUGUCAUCGCAUACGUUCAAAGUUCCGGCACCAAAAGCGUCAAUCACAAUGCGAUCACGACCAGAUGCUGUUGGUCAACCGAGAAAAUUGGGCUUAGUUCGACCUUCGUCUGGUUACUAUGGCUACAAUACAAAACGAACCGAUUCAGAUUCUGAUUUGGGUCGAUUUUCAUCGAAUAAUAGCCUGUCGUCUGGUAGUUCAAAGAGCAGUUUGAGUCGCGGAGAAACGCCAGAAUCAUUUGCCGCAGCGAAUGAAAGUACGAACAUAACAUUUGUUCAGCCGUCUUUGGCAAAGACAUCGAAUGUGCCAUCACGUUUGAGUACAGCAAAUGGUAACACUGGACUUGUUCAGCCGAAACUUUCACUUUUACGACAACCCAAUCAAAUUCGAAGAAGUGCUCUUCCACGUCCAGCUGCCUAUUCAACUAAACGAUAAACUUUCACCACAUUUCUAUCGAUGAAACUGCAAUCCUUUCUAUAUAUCAAAUCAAUGGCUGCAAAAAAAAACUUAUUUACAUCAUUUGAUUAAGAUGCUCUCGAAUUUAGUGAAAUUAUUCCAUUAUUAAUAUUAUUAUUUAUUAUCUGGCUUUGUUCAAACCAAAACUACACAAUGAAUUGCUUGUUUACCCUUUAUUAUUAUAAAUUUAUCAUGUUUCGUACAGAAUAGACAUAAGCAAUAUCAAAUGAGAUUUAAGGGUGGAUGCGAGCGCAGACAAAGUGCUGUAGUGUAUUAUGAAAUGCCUUAUUAGCUAGCUAAGAGUGUGGAAUUGAAUGUGUUUUUAUACGAAAGAAAGAAUCCCUCAUCUAACAAAAUAUUCGACCAACCAUAGCUUUCAUUGUUCUUUUUUUUUCUUUGAACUCGAGCUUUAUGAUUAUUCCGAACACACAAAUAUUCAAAGAAAAAUUGUUAAUUCAAAGACCAUUUUACAAACGAUUCCGUUUUGCCUUGAUUUAUGCAUGUACAUAACAAUUUCAAUAAUUUUUGUUCAUUUUCUUGAAUCAAUUGAUUAUAAACAAACUAGCCCAUUUUCAUGUUUCAUUUCAUUGUGAUAUUUGCAAACAAACAUUGAUUAUCAAUAACGACAAAAAUAAAAACCAAAUAUACUAGACAUUGUAUUUGAACAUUUAAAAUAUCCAAAAUGCUGUAAAAUUCAAUGUAAAUUACAAAUAAAAAAAAUGGUGUCACAAAUGUCCAUCUCAUA